GGUGACGUCAGGGGUUACGCGCAGCUCCUGACCCACUCCUCCGAUCUGCAGCGCUCGCCAUUCCUGUGCGCAACCAUAUUUCGGCGGAUACUUUAUUAAUAAAUAUAUGUGUUUAUAAGAAAUUGGCACGGUCGACGAACUGCGGAAGUAAACGAUAACCAGCCCGAGACAAGUUAGCGUACCACUACAUCAUGUCCCAGGAUAAGAGUGGCUACCCCGGCAUGGGGGAGACCAACCCACUCCACAACGAAGUCUACGGGCCCCCCCAGCCUGGCUUCGGCAUGCCCCCUCCCAAUUACAACCACGCAACUACCGGAGCCUUUCCUCCAGCAGCUGGGCAGCUGGGAUACCCCGUCCAGGGGCAGCCUGGUUACCCACAGGCCGGCUACGGGCAGCCUGAUUACCCACAGCCCGGCUACGGGCAGCCUGGUUACCCACAGGCCGGCUACGCGCCACAAGGCUACCCACAGCCAGGCCCUGGGUUUGUCCCAGAUGCCCAGGUGCCCUACGCAGAGGGCUCUUCCCUACCGUACCAGAACAGCCCCCAACAGCCGCUAACUCACUCGGGUGGACCAAUGGGAGUCCCUGUCUACGGGGAUGUGCCUCCAUCAUACUACGACAAUGAAGACUUCACCAACUCUGGCUUUGAGGACAAGACCAUCCGUCAAGCUUUCAUCCGCAAGGUCUUUAUGGUCCUCACAGUGCAGCUGACGGUCACAUUCUCCUUUGUGGCCGUAUUUACCUUCGUCGACGAAGCUAAGCUGUUUGUUCGCCACAACCCCUGGACGUACUAUGCGUCGUACGCCGUUUUCGUCGUGUCUCUCAUCGUGCUCAGCUGCUGCGGAGACUUCCGCCGCAAGCACCCCUGGAACCUGGUCGCGCUGUCCAUCUUGACCCUUAGCCUGUCGUACAUGGUGGGCAUGAUCGCAAGCUUCUACAACACGGACACCGUCAUCAUGGCUGUGGGCAUCACUGCUGUGGUCUGCUUCACGGUUGUCGUCUUCUCACUGCAGAGCAAGUAUGACUUCACUUCCUGCCGCGGCGUGCUCUUUGUCUGCCUGAUAGUUCUGCUGGUCUUCUCCUUCCUCUGCAUCUUCAUUCGCAACAGGAUCCUUGACAUCGUCUAUGCAUCCUUGGGGGCCCUUCUGUUCACCUGCUUCCUGGCUGUGGACACCCAGCUGCUUCUAGGUAAUAAGAAGAUGGCUCUGAGCCCAGAGGAGUACAUUUUCGCAGCCCUCAACCUUUACACAGACAUCAUCAACAUCUUCCUCUACAUCCUGGCUAUCGUGGGACGCUCCCGUGAUUGAGAGUGCCCAAUUAGUGGGAAUAUCUGAAGGAAGUGGGAAAGUGGGUUUCCGCAACAGUGAAUGACGCUAUUAUGCCCGAUCUCUUUAACACCGGUUUGUUGUAUGUUUUGUCGGUUUUCUCCACAUUUAUUUUCACUCCUUGAAGCUGAUAUAUUGGGCUGAUGCAGCCUUUUAUGAAUGCAGAUGUAAAAGCAGUAAUACCUGACAAAUGUAACAGGCCACUAUGAUACCUGCUGUACCACUAGCUGUCUCCUGUUUUAUUAAUACAACUAGGGAACUUCGAUACACACACACACACACACACACACACACACACACACACACACACACACACACACACACACACACACACACACACACACACACACACACACACACACACACACCCUGUAUAUGUGUGUGUGUAUAUAUAAUGUGUGUGGCACUGCAGUUGGAGAGAAUCCCAUGCACACUAGCCUUGACUGGAAAGGAGCUAUUGCUAAAGAUACAUCUUCCCAAAUUAAUCCCGUUAAGGUAAAGUUAGUGCAUGGCAAUGUUAAACACAUCUGAAAUUGUGUUCUGAUUGUCUCGAUUCUCCCGGGGCUUGCCUUUCCUAGUCUGCUUGUUAGGUAGCUGUAAAUAGUCCAACUGUGUAACUAUAUGAUGCCAAUGUCCCUAACACGGUUUUCUGCUGAAUGAGUCUCAAGGCUUAUGGUGCUUGGCAGCUUGCAUUCUGAGACCGCAACUUGUCUUCACCUAGUAAAGAGACAGAACUCAUCUGGAAGUUAAAGGAGGAAGUUUAGUUUUUGAUGUCUUCAUUCACAAACAUUUUGUCACAGUACACAUGUCCUUCCAGAGAAGAGAAGUGUGUCGCUCGAAAGUUCAUUCCUUUAAAUAUAAUUAGACUAGGCUGUUUUUAUAAAUUAUUUUUAAUAUAUUGUUUGCUCUUCCUUGCUAACUUAUUUGGUGUUAAAUUGUAUAGUAAAAUGGAGUGCUGUAAUUUUCCCUUACAAGUAAUGUGAAAUAUUGGAAGUAUUGAUAUUAAUACCAGCCUAGUGCAUAUAUAGGUCACUUGUCAAUUCAAAAACCUAAUUGAGGGAUAUGUUGGAAUUACUCUUAACAACUAUUUAUUGAGAUAGAAGAAAGAGAUAUUCACUGGAAGAAUAACCUCAGCAAAAUGAAACUAAUUGCCCAAUUUUGAAGAGUUUGUUUCUACAAAUGUUAGGUCAUUUUACGACCUGUGGAGUUAAGCAUGUCAAUACUUAAAAUUGAAUGGCUAAAAGAUAUUGAUCAUUGAGAAUAAGUAUGCUUAAUUCUUAACAUGAAUGGUAUAAUAAAGAUUUAUUUUAAAAAGUCUUGGGUUUUUUCUAGCUGUUGCAUGAACCUUUCAUCAUAUUUGCACGUGCUAAUGCACAUUUAUGAUUAUUUUGGAAGGGGAAUCGUAUUUGAGAAUUAUUGCUGAGAGGCCUGUAUAUUUUUAACUUGUGUUUCCAAUCGUGUGUAUAUACAACUUCUUAGUGCUUUGACGUGUAUAGUACUUUGGAGCUUGGUAGGGUCUGUAUAUUUGCAACAGAACUAAAAUUGUAUUCCUCUACAAUGCUGUUUGCUUUACAUUAAAAGACAAACAAUCAUA